AACAACGUCAAAGACGCGCCAUGCCGUGGGCUUUGUCAACAAUCCCCUGUUUUUGUUUGUCGAGCUAGACCCUUUGUCUUUUUAAUACCCUCCCCACGCAACAACCCUGGUGCACGUUCACGGCACGUCCUCUUUGCCCGGACCGCGACUUUGUUAGUCUCAAUGUAUCGUCGCGACCCCAUAAUGACCUCUUCACCACCACCCACGGCGCCCCGUGCGCGCGACGAAAGUGACGACGAUCUUGCAGGCUCCGACGCCACGCAGCCCACGCAGCUUCUCGAAACCCGCUCGCCGUUCUUCCCCGCGUCCAGCACCACGCAGCCCACGCUCAUGCUCACGCCGCGCGCCAACCGCACGCAACAAGCAGACUCCUCGCAGCUACUGGUCCCGCAAUCGUCGCCACCCGCCGAGCGUUACUCGUCCCCUGGCCUCCCCCAACUACAGUCGCAGUCGCAGUCGCAGCGCCCGUACGGCAACCAAGUUACCUCCAUGGCGCCACCCGGUACAUCAUUCUUCCCUCCGCAGGCAGUCCGCAAGCCCGUGUUUGAUCUCACGUCGGACGAUCCGCCGGUAGAGCGCGACCCCUACGAGCGGGAGUCGGCGUACAGGUCCAACAUACCACUAUCAAAAGUUGAGAUGAGUUCGCGGACGUCGAGGGUCGAGGAGACGCCAGAGAAGCCGAGUUGGAAUCUGUCUGGAUACGCGUACAACAACUCGGCCAACCCACGAAAACGCCCCGGCGACGACUAUACGAGUCCGCCUGCGAAGAAGAUCAAGCCUGUUGUGUGCCAGAAUGGGCCUUCCCGCGCUAUGCCUGUGGACUUGACGGCGGACGAAGACAUCACCAUCGCAGAUAUAACGGACAACGACAUGAAGCGGAAGACGGAGCGCUUGAAGACCAUCUUCGCGAACCGGCGCGUCAAGGUACUCUACGACGCUUUGAUCUUGAGGAACGGCCACUUCGACCGCGCAUGCGAUGACCUUCUGCAAGAGGACUCUGAUGACGAGCUGCUCAAGUCUCCCAAACUCGGCGUUGCUAAGAGCAACGCGAGUGCUGCGGUGCCAAAGAAGACAGCUCAGCGCGUGCUUAAUGCGCCCGUCAAGUCCCUGCAGGAGAGGUACUCGAAGAUCAAGGUGACGCAGGAUGUACCUGCUCCUGUUGCAGCCCCUGAGGAGUCGAAACCUAAGCGCCGUCUUAUGCGCGGUCGACGCAAUCGCUCGCUCUCUCCUGCGGACAAUACACCGCCGCGGCCGCAGACCCAGCAGGAUAAGCAAGUCACAGUCAUCUCCUCUGACGAGGAUGUGGAUGAGGGAAUUGUGGAGAUCUCGGACGAUGAUUCGGAGGCGGGGGUUCCAGCUGCAGAGCCCAAGUUCAGUCAAUCGAGCCUGCUUAGUUUCUUCAACACGUGCUCUCUAGAAGCAAUGGUCGAUCUGUCUGGACACAAGGAAGAAGACAUCCGCGCUAUCUUUGAAAAUCGUCCUUUUGCGUCAGUGGCCGCCAUCCGCAACAUCCAUGUUGAUCCACAACAGGUGGCGAAGGGUACGAAGAAAGCGCGUAAGCCCAGGAUUACGCUUGGUGCGCGACUGGUUGACUCUUCUGAGGAUAUGUGGGAAGCUUACUCGACCAUCGACUCCGUUGUCCAGCAGUGUGAAACCCUUGGGAAGCCGAUGGUAGCUGGAAUGGGGCGUUGGGGCAUUGACAUCUUUGGCGCUUCGAAAGAUGGAGGAGUCGACGUGACUAGUCUGGACGAUAACAGCGAUGCUAGCUCUACUCGCGACUCGGGAUACCAUACUCCACGGAGUAGUCAUGGCAGCGACACGGAAGGCGACAUGAUCCGCAAGACCACGAACCGCUUGAAGCUCUUGGAAAAGCCUUCGAUCAUGAACAAGGAUGUGGAGCUGAAAGACUACCAGGUUGUUGGUCUUAACUGGCUGAACCUCCUGUGGCAGAACCGCAUCUCUGGUAUUUUGGCCGACGAUAUGGGUCUGGGCAAGACGUGUCAGGUUAUUGCUUUCCUGUCGCACCUCAAGGAGCAGGGCACGGGGAAACCAACACUGAUCGUUGUUCCUGGAUCGACUUUGGAGAACUGGUGUCGUGAAUUCGAAAAGUUCUCGAGCACUAUCAACUUUACGCCGUACUACGGUCCACAGGCCGAACGCUUCCAACACCAGGACGAUAUUCGAAAUAAUAUCGACCAAGGGCUUUGCGACGUGAUCAUUACCACGUACGAUCUUACGUUCAGGAAAGAGGACAAUGCGUUCCUGCGGAAGUGCAAGCCUCAGAUCUGCAUCUUCGACGAAGGUCACGUCUUGAAGAACGCCAACACUAUCCGAUACAAGAGCUUGAUGCGCAUUGAUACACCGUGUCGUAUUCUUCUUACAGGCACACCGCUGCAGAACAGUCUACAGGAGCUCAUGUCGAUUCUUGGUUUCCUCAUGCCUGGUGUCUUUUACGACAAGAGCGACGACAACACUGUGCAAGACAUGUUGCAGAUUCUGUUCAAACACAAGGCAAAGGUGACUGAGAGCGAUUCUCACAGCACGUUACUGUCUGCGCAGCGUAUCCAGCGGGCGCGUACAAUGUUGACACCCUUUAUCCUCCGACGAAAGAAGGCACAGGUUCUCAAGCAUCUGCCGAAGAAGACCUCGCGCGUGGAGUACUGCGAACUCACAGAGACACAAAAGACACUCUACAACCAGCAGUUGCAGAAACAGCGUCAAAUCCUGCUGGAUCGAGCAGCUGGUCUACUCGUUAAAGACCACGCGAAUGUCAUGAUGAAACUCCGCCAGGCCGCCAUCCACCCUCUCCUUUUCCGCCAUCGCUACACAGACGACAAGAUCCGCAAAAUGUCCAAAGCCUGCCUGAAAGAAGAAACAUUCGCCGAAAGCAACCCGAACAUCAUCUUCGAAGAACUCGAACUAUACCAAGACUACCAAUGCCACGCCCUCUCCCUCAAAUACCCCGGCGCGCUCAAGAAAUUCCAACUCCACGACAAAGAAUGGAUGGACUCUGGCAAGGUCGCCAAGCUCCUCGAGCUGCUGAAGAAAUACAAGCAAAACGGCGACCGCGCCCUCGUCUUCUCCCAGUUCACGUCUGUCAUGGACAUCCUGGGCUGGGUCUUCGACGACCACGACAUCGCGCACAUGCGCAUGGACGGCUCCACGCCCAUCCAAGAGCGCCAGGGCCUCAUGGAUAUCUUCUACCAGGACGAGUCCAUCGGCGUCUUCAUGAUCAGCACGAAAUCAGGCGGCGCGGGCAUCAACCUCGCCUGCGCUAACAAAGUCAUCAUCUUCGACUCCUCGUUCAACCCACAGGAUGACAUUCAGGCUGAGAACCGCGCGCACCGCGUCGGCCAGACGCGCGAGGUGGAGGUCGUCAGGCUCGUCACCAAGGAUACGGUCGAGGAGCAGAUCUACGCGCUUGGUGUGAGUAAGCUGGAGCUGGAUAAGAUGGUACAAGGCGAGGAGGUCGAGGAGGGCGCCAAGGGGAAGAAAAAGGGCGCUGCUGGUGCGGCGACGGACUCGAUUAGCAAGGCGGAGGAAGCGGGUAUCGAGGCCGUGGAACAGAUGCUGCUGAAGCAACUUCAUGUUGAUGAGAGUAAGGAGGGCGAUGUGAAGGAUUUGUAUCUUGAUGGGCUGAAGAAGGCGGGCUUGGAUGUUAGUGCUGCGUAGGGAGUGGGUUGGUUGGUAGGUUGCGCUGGGUUUUGUAUAGCUCGGGUUUUUUUCUUCUGCGGGACGAUGGAUAUAUGGCUGUUUGUGUUGGCGGUUUCUGAUUCUUUCGCUGGAGGGCUUGUUGCGUUGAGGCAUGGCUUGAGCUUUGAGUCUUGAGCCUCCCUCUCCCCCUUUUUUUUCUUGCCUUCUUUGCUGUGUGCAUAGCGUCGGCGUCAUGUGUGUAUCUAGAUAGAGUGGACGUAUAGAUUCUUCUCCCU